AUGGCUGCGUCAGUACGGGGGAUCCCAGCGGUCCAGCCCAUUAGCACCCAGGGCGGCAACCCAGCGGGCUCCAGCGGGCUCCAGCCAGCCUUCAGCGCUGCGUCCCAGUUGCGAGCAGAGAGCACCGUUGCCAGCAUCUGGCUGACGGAACCUCUGACUCCUCCACCCCUUGCGCCUUUUUGCUGCUCUCGCUUCUUGCUUCUUCCCUUCUUCUCUCACCGGUCUGCCGUGCAGCAGCCGCAUCUUGCCUCGCUCUCCCCUGCCGCGGAAAGGGGUCGCAUAGCCCGGCUCGAGCUCGUCGGGUCUCCACGCCGAGCCCCGUCUCAAAAAGUUUUUGCCGCCGCCGCCGGAGUCGCUGCUCCAACGUCCGCCAAGCCCGUGGCUGCUGCGCUGCGCUGCUCGCAUGCCUCAGUUGCUGCGCGACCUCACCUGCGACCUGCGACCUGCAACUCUGCCUUUCGACCUCGAUUGCAGCUUCCGGUCUUCGGUCCCGAUCCUCACGUCUGCCGUCUGGCCUGCGCAUCGAUCGCCCACCCGCCGGACGGUGUCCUUGAUCCAUCAUCGACGGGUGACGAGUGGCUGCAGCAAACCAACCGCCGCUCCCUUUGCGUCUGGCCCGUCUCUAUCCUCGGACGCGGCGUCACCUCUGCUCUCUGGCCCUCGCCUCCUGCCCCCGCGAAAUCCUGGGCCGAUCGAUCACACACCCCCCCAGCAUCCGAAGAGGACAAGACAGAUCCUGCCCGGCUGCGCUUCCGCGUGCAAUUCACUGGCCUCCAUGCCACCGGCGCCGCAGCUCUAUUGAAACCUGCCGCCCGGUCACACGACCGACGCCUCUUGUGCGCCUGA